AGGCGCUCGCGCAGAUGGGAGCCACAUCUGGCGGAUUGUAAACCGACUAGAUCUAGAGAAAACCAUUCGCUCGAGGUGUGUUUAGGUGAGCAGCCAGUCGCGAUGGUCAGAGACUUAAUGAGCUCCUCACCGCUGGCGAGAGCCUCGCGCGUAAAGAGCGCAUGAUGCGAAAAACAAAGUGCUCCCGCGCAACAUGAGGACAUCCCUUCUAAUAAUCUUGAGGAAGAACUUGACGGAGUGAAGGAGGAAGGGUGGAUUCUUUUUCUUUUUUCUUCUGGCUGGCUGAGCAUUUUUAAAAUCAUGCAACAUGAAUUUAACUAACAGCACUGGAGCAGAGGGUCUCGCGCCCUGGAACUUCAACGGCUCGUUGAGCAACGUAUCCAGUGAUGCCAACUUCAGUUGUGACAGCGGCAGCACCAAUGGCUCAUGUGCAGCGGUUGAGGCAGACGGCGACAGCCCCUACAAGACGGUGGAGAUGGUCUUCAUCGCACUGGUCACAGGAUCCCUCAGUUUUGUCACCGUUGUGGGCAACAUCCUCGUCAUGCUCUCAAUAAAGGUCAAUCGACAUCUCCAGACCGUCAACAACUACUUCCUCUUCAGCCUGGCCUGUGCAGAUCUCAUCAUCGGUGUGUUCUCCAUGAACCUUUACACCGUCUACAUCAUCAAGGGCUACUGGCCGCUCGGCCCUGUUGUGUGUGACCUGUGGCUCGCGCUGGAUUACGUGGUCAGCAACGCUUCUGUCAUGAACCUGUUAAUCAUCAGCUUCGACCGAUACUUCUGUGUGACCAAACCCCUGAGUUAUCCCACACGCAGAACCACCAAGAUGGCCGGCCUCAUGAUCGCCUCCGCCUGGAUCCUGUCUUUCAUCCUGUGGGCUCCCGCUAUCCUGUUCUGGCAGUUCAUCGUCGGAGAACGGACCGUAGCGCCUGGCGAAUGUUACAUCCAGUUCCUUUCCAACCCCGCGGUCACGUUCGGCACGGCCAUCGCUGCGUUCUACCUGCCAGUGGUCAUCAUGACGGUGCUUUAUGUGCACAUCUCUCUGGCCAGCCGCAGCCGUGUGUCCAAGCAGAAGCCUGAGGCCAAGAAGGAGAAGAAAGGCCCGAAGUCUAGUGGCCUACUCAAGAGUCACAUCUUAAAGCAGAACAACAACAACCAGUCUCCUCCUAAGCCAAGCCUGGAUACCUGUUCUACGGUGGACACCAUGAAGAACGGCAAACUAGACGAGUCUGUGGUGUCCGCUAAAGCCGACUCCUGCGUGCAGCCGGAGGAGAAGGAGAGCUCGAAUGAGUCCAGCACGGCCAGCAUAGCACCUAAAGAGCCUAAAGAACGAGCGAACAGUGAGGCGACUUCAGAGGCCGGUCUGACACCCGCUCCGGCAGCCGCCCCUAAAGUCAACCCUCAAUCCAAAUGGUCCAAGAUCAAGAUAGUCACCAAACAAGCAGGAGACGAGUGCAUCACAGCCAUCGAGAUCGUCCCACCGAACAGUACCGGCGAGAGGCGCUCCAUCCCCGUGAGCCGUCCCCGCACGGUGGUGCGCAAGUUUGCCAGCAUCGCCCGCAGCCAGGUGAAGAGGAAAAGGCAGAUGGCGGCACGAGAGAAGAAAGUGACAAAGACAAUCUUCGCCAUCCUGCUGGCCUUUAUUAUCACAUGGACGCCAUACAAUGUGAUGGUUUUAAUCAGCACGUUCUGCCAUUCGUGCGUUCCAGACACAGUCUGGGCCAUUGGCUACUGGCUCUGCUACGUCAACAGCACCAUCAACCCUGCUUGCUAUGCACUCUGUAACGCCACCUUCAAAAAGACCUUCAAAAACCUGCUCAUGUGCCAGUAUAAGAACAUCGGCACCAGAUGAACUAAGGGAAGAAGCAGCCAGCGGAGAUGGAGGGUAUGAUAUGCAAGGUACAAUGGCUGUCCCGGCUCUUCUGGCCCUGAUACCUUUGAAACUUUGGAAGGCACUGUGCAGUACAUUGUGAGGCUUCAUAGUCCAAUAAUGCUGAAACAGUGUGUCAUAACCAAAAGUUUAUGUUUUAAGGAAUCAGUGUUUACAAGAAGAUGAUGGAACAAUGGACAAGAGACUGAAUCACUGAAGAAAUCAAGCUGAGGUCAUGAAGCAAAUGACUUUUCCAGUAAUCUGAUCAUUGCUGCACUGCUAAGACCACUGGAAUUUUGCAGUACAGUAAUGUGAAGAUGACAUUGCUUUAGAGAGGACAUUCAUGGCUCAUUAUUCCCAAAAGUGAAGAGAGAGAAUCGCAGCAAAUAUAACCCAAAAGAGACUUGAUGAACAGGAUUUUAUUGAUUCACUUAAAUUCCCAGUACAGCACAAAUGGUAUCAAUCAAGUCCGUUUGGUUAGUAUUAACACUGUUUCUGACCCAGACUUCUGUGACAGGAUGCAGAUUCGUCAUACAGAGGUGAAGAAGAUGUGAUUGGAGAACGUAUCCCAACCAGAACCGAUAACAUAUGGAAAAGCUUCCUGUUUGACUGUCCCAGAAAGCAAAGUUCUCCCGAGUGAGAUUCAGUUUCCUAUACUUGCACCUUCCACUUUCCAAAUGAAGGAAGUCAUAAGAUUGAAGCUGCUUGCUGACCACAACAGCUGUGUAGUCCAUUACAUUCAGAGCGACAAAUUCAGGGCAUGUGGUUCAGCUUUGGGAGAAGUUAGUCAUCAUUAUCCUCAGCGUGAUCCUCUUGAGGUUCUGGAAUAGGUCAAAAUUCAAAAGGAUCUCCUCAAUGGAUUGGGAUAAGCAUUAUAGACUUUAAAUGGGAUGAGACAAUCUAUACUGAGCUGAGAAAUGUCAAAUGUCACUGUAAAGGUUUGAUCUUGCAGAGGUGUGUAAAUAUGUUUGGUUAUGAUGAAUAUAUGCUCUUGAAAGUAUUAUUGCUUCCCUGCAUUUGAUGUCUGGAUGUUUGUGUUCCUCUUGUAUUUAGUUGGUGAUCUUUGUGUGAUUUUACAGAUUAAAUAUUAAAUGUAUUGUUGUCUGUAUGCAAAACUGUUGAAACCAUUUAUAAUUUGUGAGAUACUUCGGGGGGAAAAAAACCAGGAGAAGACUAGUACAUUUAUUUAACCGGUUUAUAAGAUGUUCAAUUUCAAGCAUUUAAUUUAAAUUCGGGGAUUGUCCGUAAAUUUGAGAAAUGGAAAAUUGGUUUUAUUUCCCCUGUAAAACACAAUGUUGAUUUAGUAGAUACCCACUUCAUAAUAUCGUUUUCUCAUGGUGCAAUAUAAUUUCGCCUAGUUUGUAUUUAAAUACACAGUUUGUAACUGAUGAAACUGCAGCAUGUAAACCAGAAGAAAUGAUCUCCCACAGUUUGUUUGAGAACAUGUGGUCAGAAUUAGCACAGAGGGAGAAAUGUGUUGAUGUGUUAGGGCUCAUGUUGUUACAUUAUUCACAAGCUGCCAGUUUCAGCAAUUACAGACUUUAAAGCAUUAAACCAAAGAGGUCGUGGCGCUCUGGUCUGUUAUUAGGCCUGGUCUGCAAGAGAGGUUAUUCAUUCAUUAGCAUCAUGUUAAGAUGCAGAGACUUACCUCUCUAACGUCUUGGGUUUGGUUUCAUGUUUCUACCUCAUAUAUACACAUCAAAUUUCCAUUCAUAGCAUCUGUAUCUCCAAACCAGCCCUGAAUCUCUUUUUAAUGAGCAGUAAAGACAGACUAUUAAUACUAAGUGACUAUUGUGCCAUUGACAAAGAAAUUAAAACCAGAUUUCCAUUUUUCUGAAUGUUUUCAAAUUGCCAAUUGCUUUGGUCUUCUUCUGAUACAUGAACUGUGUUGAAGUAGGCUGUUCACUACAAAUCUUACUCAUUCGAAGAUGUGCUUUUAUAAAAAGUAUCCCCAACUGUGAUGCAAACUCUAAGAAGGCUUCACAUUGGAAUAUCGUUAUCUCUAAGAGAGUUAUGAAACUAUAACUCCUUUUGUAACUGUACUAAAGAAAUUCAAUCAUGCAAUCCGAUCGGUUACUAAAUAUUGUUCUUCUGCAAUUCUGAAAAAAGCAAAGGUCAAACCUUUGAAUCUAUUAGAUGACCAAUACAGCAAAAUGACUUUGCCCAUCAUGCUCUCUCCUUUCGGCCACUUCAAAUGUUUAUAAAAUGUAAAUUAUUAUAGGGAUUAAUAAAUACAUCCCCCAUUUAACUGUACCUGCUGAAGGGCAGUCAAUGUUUAUUACCCCAGUGAAGCUGAUGGAAUGAACACACUGUAAUUAUUGACUUAUCUACCACUGCCCUUAAAGAGCCAGUGUACAUAAGAGUGUAUGCUUCUUUUUCUAUUGCAUAAAGCUUAAUAAAGAUCUUAAGCGCACUGACCAGGAGGAGAGGAGAAUGCUUAUUCUUUACAUAUUCAUAAACACACAUAUUGGUUUGCAUAAUGAGAAAUUUGGAGGGCUCAAGUGUCUUUAAUAAUGAACUGUCAUCACUCAUUUACCUUUAGCUAACACUACAUAUAACACACAACGCUCAGUAACAAAACAUUACUGUCUUUCUUAAAUGCUUAUAAAACAGGUUUGCACAAGAGGGAACGGUCUCCUCUCUGUGCAGUUUAAUGCUGGUAACCCUCUGUCACCCUUAGGUCUGUUAGUAACAGUCAAGUCAAAAGGAAAAGUAACAGUAUUGGGGUAUUUUCGCUUUUACAUAAACUACACCUUUUAUAGAAAAAGAGAAAUCAUUUAUUUCAAACAACACU